GAGCUCAACUUCCUGGAAGUACAGCAGUCAGUCAGUCUGUACUGCGCCGGAGGAAAAGAAAAAUACACAUAAAAUAAUAAUAACAACACACGCGCUCCAUGGAGGAGACACGCUAAAAGUUCUCCACCGCUUCUGUAAUGGGCCGAAGGCCUUGGUCGCGUGAAACGGACACUUAAGGUGGUCUAAAUCGCCCUGAAAUGUUAAGAGGUUUGGAGGCGGUGGUGAGGAGCCUGGGCGCCGGUGUGGAGUGAGCGCUGCGCGGCCGAGAGCUGCUCCUCCCUCCCCUGUGCGGCCCGGCGGAGCGCGGCUUAGCUUAGCUUAGCUUAGCCUAGCCUAGCUGAACUAGCUUAGCAAGCGCUAGUUCAGCUGCGGAUCGCAGUCUUGAGUUUUGUUGUUGCCAGUUUGAGCUCGUUUUUUGUGUUGUGUUGUUUUCUGAGCUAACCUUCAGACUCCGCUGAAUUUAGGAGGAGAAGUUUAGCUAGAUAACGCUAUGUACUGCCGACCCUGUCCUUCAGACUCGGGUUUGUUUAAAAGCCGCCUGUCCCGCUUCUCUCGGGCCAGUGUUGCAUUCAGAUAGACGGGUUAGCGCUAGCUUAGCUUAGCUAUCGUUUUGGGGCUGCUGGUCUGGGAGCUAGAAGUUUUUAAAGUGGUGAAAUUCCUGUGAAGCUCGCGGUGUAAUGCGGGGCUCGUUAGGAGAACCAGUCCCUCUGCUUGUGGUUGAAUAGCAGAGGUCCUUCACUGUAACCGCUGAAUGUGUUUAGGCUCCAGAAUCGCCAUUCUUUGUUCGGUUUUGUGUUUUUAAUGGUCGCUGUUAGCCGGUUAGCUGGCUAGCAAUGUCUGUCCCCUCCGCCGAGAUGCUUGAGACACCACCUGGAUAUCCGUUUGAGGAGAUAGAUUAUGCUGAUAUCGAAGUGGAAGAGGUGGUGGGCAGAGGAGCGUUUGGUGUCGUCUGCAAGGCCAAAUGGAAGGGCAAAGAUGUGGCUAUCAAGACCAUAGAGAGUGAAUCUGAAAGAACUGCCUUUAUAGUGGAGCUUCGUCAGUUGUCUCGAGUAAAUCAUCCCAACAUUGUGAAGCUGUAUGGCUCCUGUGACAAUCCUGUAUGUCUGGUUAUGGAAUAUGCAGAAGGGGGUUCUUUGUAUAAUGUGUUGCAUGGUGCGGAGCCCCUCCCCCACUACACAGCAUCCCACGCCAUGAGCUGGUGCCUGCAGUGUGCGCAAGGUGUCUCCUAUCUCCACGGCAUGAAACCAAAGGCUCUCAUCCACAGAGACCUCAAGCCCCCCAAUCUUCUGUUGGUCGCUGGAGGCACCGUUCUGAAGAUCUGUGACUUUGGAACAGCGUGCGAUAUCCAGACGCACAUGACCAACAACAAAGGCAGCGCGGCAUGGAUGGCUCCAGAAGUGUUUGAAGGCGAUAACUAUAGUGAGAAGUGUGACGUGUUCAGCUGGGGCAUUAUUCUUUGGGAGGUGAUCACGCGCAGAAAGCCCUUUGAUGAGAUUGGAGGACCUGCCUUUAGGAUCAUGUGGGCUGUUCAUCGUGGAACUCGCCCCCCACUCAUUAAGAACCUGCCCAAGCCUAUAGAGAGUCUGAUGACACGUUGCUGGUCCAAAGACCCCUCCCAGCGGCCCUCCAUGGAGGAGAUAGUGAAGAUCAUGAUGCAUCUCAUGAAGUAUUUUCCUGGAUCAGAGGAGCCACUGCAGUAUCCGUAUCAGUAUUCAGAUGAAGGCCAGAGUAACUCUGCCACCAGCACAGGCUCCAUUGUGGAUUACACCAGCACUGGCAACAGGAAUGAUGGCAGCAUGGAUCACAGCACGUCCGCCGGCAGCAACGACACCAUCAAGACCAUGGAGACUAAGUUUCCACCCUUCAAACCAAAGGCUGACCCAGUGAGGCCUGGCCUCCCUCUCUCCAGAGGGGGCAGUGUUGAGAGCCUGUCAGGCAGAACGCACUGCCUGGCCUCCUCCGACAGCAAACGAAUGAGUGCAGACCUCUCUGAACUCGAGGUCAAGACACCCUUUUCAACAGCACUCAGUAAUCUGCAGUUCACACGGCCGCAGUAUAAACGAGGCCACCGCAAAACGGCAUCGUACGGCACCAUUCUGGACAUACCCAAGAUCGUCGUCACAGCCACCUGUGAGCCUCACAGACGUAGGUCAGUCCAGGACCUCCCUGCCAUUGGGACUGAGUCAGGCCAGGAGAGUAGGAACAGCAGCAGAUCGUCCAGUCCCAGUGUGAGGAUGAUCACGUCUGAUAAGACGGGCAGGGGCUACAGUUUCUCAACCGAAGACCCUACAGACACUAAUGGCUCUGAUAACUCCAUUCCUAUGGCCUAUCUGACUCUGGAUCACCAGUUACAGCCCCUCGCCCCGUGCCCGAACUCAAAGGAGUCAAUGGCGGUGUUUGAACAGCACUGUAAGAUGGCACAAGAGUAUCUGAAAGUGCAGACGGAGAUCGCUCUGCUCAUCCAGAGAAAGAAUGAGCUGAUUGCAGAGCUCGACCAGGACGAGAAGGACCAGCAGAACACAUCCCGUCUGGUCCAGGAGCACAAGAAACUUCUAGAAGAGAACAAAAGCCUGUCCACCUACUACCAGCAGUGCAAGAAGCAGCUGGAGCUGAUCCGUGCUCAGCAGCAGAAGAGACAGGGCACAUCAUGAUGCAGUUUAAACACUCCGCCCUCACUCCCACCUUUCACCCUGCCCCCUCAAACAAAGCCACCCCAAAAAAAAACUUCACCACAGACAGACUGCUUCUCUUUUACACCUCCUAAACGUCUGUCCUCCCCAGUUACGGCCAUCUUCCCUGUAUGUAUAAGCGAAGGCUUACCCAGGAGCCUUCACGCGGCGACACACAGAGUUUACCCCUCUCCACCACCCAGCCCUCACCGCCCUCAUGCACGAGCAUGCUGCCUCCUGCGUCUUUGAGUCCAGCACUGGGUCAACAAAUCAGCCCUCAUGUCUGCAAAAACUCCUUCAUUCUCCCAGUGGCUGCUGCUGUGAACAACGUUGAGCCCAUUUUGGGGAUAAGAGGGCAGUCCGUCUGUAUACCAUGUAGUGCCCCUUGGUCCUAAAGAGCCAAAGUUCAGUUUUCUCUCUCGCAAGUCAGCGGGGGGCACUCCGUUUUAAAGGCUGACGCCGAGGUGUGAGUGUGGGUCCCUUUUCUUUUGGCACCAAGUAAAAGUGUCCAAUCAGAGGCCAGGAAGGAACAAAUUGACGCAUGUCUGUCUCCAUCUCUGCGGUCGCCCCCCACCCUACCGCAGGAUGUCGCUCCUAUUCAACCCUCCUCUGACGUUCUCCUGAAUUCCCCUGAAGGAUCGGACCCUCAGGCCCUUUCAAUGGCUGCCGUUCCUCGAGAAUGUGAACGUGGUUUUAAGUUACAUAGAUUCUAAACAUUUAAUUUUAUUGUUUUUAAAUCUUCGUAUUAGCUCCAUAUUUGAAAGCUUACUUUUGCGUGUCUUUUCAUUUUAAACCUUAUGCAAAACAAAAAAAAGAGAAAAAGAACAUAUCUUUCAAAGAUAUCACCUUCGUUCUUGCUGACACAGAAGGCGUUUUAAUGUCUGUCAUUAGAAAAAAAAUGAGGGAUGUAUUUUUUGCGUAUGCCUUUUGCGCGUCGACCCUCCGGCGUCUAUGAUGAAGUAAGGGAAGACGUGUUUAUUUACAUGUACGAGAUAAAUCAGCCUCACAGAAAGAUGCAAUAUAUAAAUUAUAUAUAUGUAUGUCACAUGGCUUUUAAUGCGUUAUCUUUUCUUUUUUUCUUUUCUAUUAUUAUUAUUUUUUAGCCCCCCAGUCAGCCCAGCCAGUUUAGAGCAGGCUGAGCCAGCCAGUGAAACAAGGACAGACUUGCAGUAUAGGUUAUGCGAUUUUAAAGCCCACCAGGCUGAUCAUGGAUUCAGUAUUCUUCGGGUGUUUCUGUUUAUUUAUCGUUCGGUGAUGUCGUACGGUGACUCCCACACAGGUCUCGAUGGGUAGGAAGCUGUAGUAUCAAACGGGUCGGAGUGUUCCCUCCUGCCUGCUCUGGUUUCGUUUUUUUGUUUGAAUUUUUUUUUUUGUUUGUUUAUUUCUUGGGGUAUUCUUAGUUCACAUGUUGCCUUAGAAUUUUAAUUGCUUGCAUUUUUACGUGGCCCGUUUAAGUUGCAUUAUCGGAAGGCGAGGUGUUCUAAUAGGACGGGCUUGUUCAGUGUAAGUAACAGUAUAACUUAACUGGUGUGCACGAGUGGCUGUUUUUCUUUCUUUUUGUUUUUGUUUAUUUCUUUCCUCAUUAUUUUUGGCAAGGCUUGCAUAUGCAAAUGAACUGAAUCAGGACACUGAACCAAUGCCUGAGAAGUGUCCAGACACUUUUCCGGCCAAUUUGAAAGAUGUUUGUAUGCUGCCGAAAUCACUGAGACACAGUUAUGUCUGUAUGUUUGACUAAACCAUUUCAUUUAGUUUAGUCAAGUUCUCAAUUAGGUCCCGCCUGUGAUGCCAUCUGUGUUACAUGAUAGGUUUGCCAGUUCCCUCCACUUGUCAGUUAAGUUGCUCCUCUCCUUUUUUUUUUUAUUUUUAAUUUUUUUUGCACAUUCACAUUUUGCCCCAGUUACAACUUGGUUUCACCCUCUAAGAGGAUCUUGAACAGGACUGGAUCGAUUUCGAAUGCUUCACAAUUCUGAGUUUUCUUCUCCCUGUUUUGUUUAUUUCAUUAUUAUAUUAUAUAUUAUUAUUAUUUGUCAUCGAGCAAUAUAAUGGUAUGAUUGUGAAGCAGCUGUUUUGUUGAGUUUCUCCCUGGAGUUCCAUUUGUAUGAUGAGUUUCUAUGAGUACUAUGUGCUGUAAAUAAGAUGUCUGAUUUCUUAAGCUAUUGGGAGUGGGAAUACACAGAAGAAGAUCGCAUCUUGAAAUAAAAUGGAGGUGGACGUUGUGCAAA